AUGGGACCGUCCAUCAAAAGUUCAAAGCUUAAUUCCAAUACGUCUGAUCUAGAGGUUCCAUUCGAAUGUGAACUUCGUCAGCUGAGUAAUUCAGGAUGUGACAGACUUUUAGCCUAUCACAAUACGGAUGCAUUCAGCGUUUUUUUGAAACCCAAUCGCGUUUGUGACCCGAGUGGACGGCGAACAAAGGAACUGAUCUUCAGAAGGACCAUAGAAUUUUGCGGCCCAUCACCACGGGUGAAAAUCAGUAGUCUGACGUCUAUCUUCGAAAUCACCCCGAACAUCUGCGACUGUGUGCUUCAGAGCCGUACAAUUUUUCCAUGUGAACCUUUUCUCACGCCUCCAACACAAAGACCGAGAGUUACUUUUGCACUCCAAGAUGAACCGAAAUGGAACUGGACUAGCAAGAAAAACACGAUUGCCAAUAUCAAACCAGCUAAAAAAUCCCUAUUUUGUGAAUGCGAAACGUCUGCAACUGUAAAUCCGGAUGCACGGCAUCGCGUGUCCGCGGGAGGUGCCCCCCAUCCAGAACAGUCUACAGAACCAGCGGUGGAACUUUCAGAAGUGGCUAUUGCAGAAAAUCUACACACUACCCCACCGGAGACAGAAUUUAUCUCCAGCCACUGUAGAGCUAAGAUAAACGAACACAACAAAGAGAUGAUGGAAGGAGACUGCUGUUGUAACGUGCAUCGACAAAGUGAGGUACCCAAACUAACCUGUCUCAUGCAUGAGAUGUGGCACCUCUUUUACCCUUUCAAGGAUACAAUGUGCCCAUGGAAUAACCCACCUGUUCGUCACUGUGAUUACCCUGAGUCUCUGUGGAUCAACACCAAUGGAGAAAUCUCAGUGGAUUUCAAAGCUGAACAGAAACACGCUGUUCGUGAUGGGCAUGGAUGUAAUCACUAUGCGGCACAGAAAGAGGCGAGAAACUACGUACUAGGGGAUUAUGGGCCUCACAUCGAUGUAAAGUAUGUGCAGAGGCACAUAGAAGAAGAGCAAGCGUCUGACCUGUUUGAUGGCAACGCCGGGUUGCGUUUCACCCCCUAUACUCUACAGGGUGAGAACUGCAAGAUCGCCACAAGCAAAAUUAGCCACCAUAGUUGCGCUCCCAUCGAUGUUGGCCAAGGAUCAAUGCCGGGUUGCGUUUCACCCCCUCUACUCUACAGGGUGACAACUGCAAGACCGCCACAAGCAAAAUUAGCCACCACAGUUGCGCUCCCAUCGAUGUUGGCCAAGGACGAAUGGACUAGACAGAGACGAACAUCCGUUGGACGGGAACACAUACCCCCGUCUUCUUGUCAAUUUAAAGGAAGGGUAGAGGUCGUGUCUUCCACAACAAAUACACUAAUCACCCCAAUUCCCCAGGGAGAACCGAAUAGCUCUGGUUCAACAAACACUUGUUUUUCGACCCACGAAUCGACUGUCAGUUCCUCGCCGAAACCCGUCUUCUCACCACAGUCAUCAUUAUCAUCACCAGUUACACUAACACGGCUACGGCCAGACCUCGACCACCCUCACAACAAACUGGACUACACCUCUCUACCUACGAAUAUUCCAUCAUUGGAAUCGGCCACAGACUCUUCUUGUGACGUUAUGCGAAUUGGCUCAUGUAUACCACCCAAAUCGAUGACUUACCCUAAACGGAUUUUAGAAGAUAAAUCAUCUCCUUCGCCCCAUAAAAAUACGAUAUUGAAGCCUACAUGUGCUUUUAGUUCCAAGGUGACUGCAAUGCCUGGCGCGCCCACAUUACCAGAAGAGGUUGGGAACACUUUCAAGGCAGUGUUAGAUUACACGUAUUCUGACCAGUCAGUGUCGACGGUCGCAGAAAAUGAGUCGGGUAUACCUUAUUCCGACUAUAAUGAUCGUUUAAGUGACAAGAGCCCAGUGCACACAAAAGUCACCGAACACAGGCCCCAGUAUGUUGCCGGUAGUUCCAAUGAUCUCUUGGAUUCAAAGCCGUUUCCUGAUCCUAGCACCACACCUGCGGACACGGUUGGCUCAAGAAUCCGACUCAGUCAACGACGGAAGUAUUCAGGAUUACCGCCAAGUAGUGCACUGUUGCCUUCAGGGUCACAAGUGAGAACCAGUUUAAGGACAACACUUACACCGAGGACUUCAUUGUCCGCGGUGCGCAAAAGCUUCCGUGCUUCGCAACCGAUAGUGGACUCGGGAAACUCAGUAGACAUUCAACAGAGCUCGAUAAAGAACGUGGACCCAUCUCGCAAGGUCACUUCGGAUGGAACGACUUUGCAGAUGCAUGCAUUCAGCACACUUUCACCAGAAGAACUGCCAUUUUUUGCAGAUUCCAGACCCUUAAGCUUGAUAAACAAUUUUGGAAGUACAAUCCAACAAGUAGACUCCAAGUGCUUGAAGGAUUUCAGCAGGCUGUCGGAUCAAGUCACCACUAAACUUCCUAAUAUGGACUUCAGUUUGCAGCCAAAUUCGUACUCAACCGCAUUACCAGAUGGAAAUACAAAGUUCCAGUUUGUUGACCCGCCCGGUGCCGCAGAAAACGACGUAUCUGUAGAAAGAAGCUUCGACAUUACUAGGCCGCUUUCUAACGCAGAAAUUGAAAACCAGACUAGCUAUCCUCCCUCAUCUGAUUCGUUGUUCAUCCCAUCCGAGCGGAAUAAUCCGGUUUUUCGGUGCUCGUACAGAAAACCAAGCGAAGACGUUUUUACAUCAGUGUUUGACGGAACAUUGGGACAAGCACCUCUAGGUAAACAGUCUGAAGAAAUUUAUGACAAUGGAAACUUGCACUUCAGAGAGGAGUACUCAGUUCUCGUGGGACAAGGUGGUUCAUCUUCAACUGGGGGGAUUGCGAUUGAUCUCGAGACAACUGAUUCCAUUGUGAGCAAUGUCGAUCAAGCAAACGGUGGCACAAAACGAAUGUCGGAAUCGCUUAUCCCACCAGUGGACAGUAAUGAAGAUACAGCAAACUUGCCGUCGAUCAGUACAUCCCACAUUUCUCCGCCAACUGAUCUGGCCCAAUACAAGACGGACCUAACUCCUGCAUUGCACAUUAUUGAAGCUGUCAUCACGAAGCAACGAUCCAGAUCUGAAAGCCCUCAGAUUAUUGAAACGUCGGCUGAUAUCACUGCCACACUCACAACCCCUCAACUUUCUGCAGAACAUAGAAGCCCUUCUGUCCACGAUCUUGUUACUCCAGAACUAACAGUGACUGCAUCUGACCUAACAAACGCGAACUUAGCUAAAAUACAGCCUGCUCAGUCUGGAGGAACAGGUGUCAAAAAGGAAGGCGCUGAGGUACACUUAGAGCAAGAGCAACCCAAAAGUCAUUCCAGCGAAAAAACACAUAAUGGAACGAGAGUACUACACAUCCAUCUGCCUACAGAAAUGCACCGAAUGCCGUCCAAAGGGCACCUCCAACAGGCGUUUCAGAUAGCAAGUCCGACAGGGCUUUCUAGUGCAAAGCCAACGCAGCCGGCGCAGUCAAAUGCAACGGACCAGCACGCUGUGUUGAGCUAUGACGUUUUAGACAAUGGCACUAUUUCUGUUUGUCUUCCUCAGGGAUCCCGUGACAAACCCCGUAGUCGUCCUGGGUCGAAAUCAUUAGCAUCUACUUUUCGACCUCAAGUGGUUCUCAAUAUCCUAUCCUCAGCAAAAGUAAACCGAUGCGCACACUGUCAGAACGAAAAGGCUUGGGACAAAUGCACCAGUGUUUUUCUGGCAGAAAAUGACUGCACCGCCUGUCGGUCUUUCAGUCAGGCCAAUACGAAGCAAUCAACUUCAGGCGUUGAUCAAAACUGUCCAAUUCAUGCUAGUGAAUGUAAAAUUACAAAGCCGUGUCGAUCGGUUUGUAGAAAGACAUUGGCAAAUCGAGUCCAUUCCCCAGCACAAAAGACCAGUGGACGAGUCGGAUCAUCCCGAAAACCGCAAAAACCAUCCGUUCGUCUGGUCAUGACUCCGGCGCAGUAUCAACAUAUGGUUGAAGUUCAUCAUCUGCACAAAAGCCAGAAGACUGGCAGCUUUAACGGCGAGUGCCCAGGUUCCGGCUCACAUAACGUACUGGUCCACAAAGCCAAGUCAGCUGUCACAGAAGCAGGAGAGCUCGCAGAAAAGCCGAUGUCAAAAGCAAUAGAACGACCUACAUCCGUCGCACUAUCCUGUGGAACUACACGGUCCUGCUCCUUGACUCGUCAUGUUGAUUUCACUCGAAAGAAGUCCAUCAAAUAUUACAAUGUUCACUCAAGUCCCAUCACCUUAAGAUCUAAAGCCAAGAAAACAUUCCAAGAGAAUGGAUCAAUAAAUGAAAGUGCUCAUUGCUUUACACGAAGGAGAGUCUCUGUGUUUGAAGUGGCCAAGAAAUUAAUUGAGGACCAGCAACCACUGAAAAGCGAACCAUCUAUCGAAGAACCGGCUGCUCUUGGGGACUCUUCAGCAUCUGCACAGAAGCUGAGUCUUCGCGCUUCGAUACUCCAGGCUCUUUCAAAUCACAGGUUGCAUUUCCAACCGGGGAUGGCUUAGUUAUUUUCGCUAUUUCUCAAAUCAUUUUUGGGAAACGGCAACGAAAUAAUUUUUAUUCAUUUGCCUACUGAUUUGUUUCAAG